GCCGCGACCGCCGUCGUUUCUCCGAUCCACCGCACGCCAACGUGAAUUUCCACGGAGUGCUGUCGCUACCAGCACGGUUAGUAAGUUACGGACUACAUGUUAGUGAUGAUGUGAUACUAUCUUUUAAUAAUAACUUUUAUUUAGUAGCUGAGCUCAGCUCUUUAAAGUGAUUAAUGGAUUACUUUUUUCUCUAUCACAAGUAUUCUUACACGGGAAAAUUUCAGCCACAGUAGAAACUCGAAAAGAAAACAGCUUUUCCGAACUAACACACAUUAUUAUUGCUUGGUCUCAUUACGUUCUUAGUGUAAGACCAGUAUAUGUUAUUCAAUGUGUGCAUCUGUUUGUAAAAAGUAUGCAAGUGAAGCAGUGUGAAAUAAAAUUUUCAGUGCAGUAACAAUGGACGGAUUUUCUUUCAUGAGUUUUUACUUGCAAGUGAUACAAGGACUCAUGAGUUUCGGUAGCAGAAGAAUGUUUAUAAGGUGUAAUUGAACUAUAUAUCACUUGAAAGGUACUCUCAAAGUUCCACAGGCGUAUCCGGAGGGCUGGACCUUGACUUCCGGGGGCGGUGACUUCCUGUUGUAACUGCGCGUGUUCCACGUGACAGGCGCGAGCGCAUACACUUGCUGCGCAACAUACACGCGAGUUGAGAAGAAACAAAAAAUUUUCUAAAAUAAUAUAUAUAUAUAUAUAUAAUAUGAUAAGAUAUUAAGUGCAAUUUUAUAAAUUGUGUUCUUGUCAUUUGCGUGUUUCAAACAUCACACUUAUCAGUGUUGGGUUCGUGUAAGAUUCUCUUAGCACUAAAUUAAUAUCAUCAACAUAUAUACGUAUAUACAUAUAUACACUUACAAAUCAUUUACGUAGCGUGGGAAUAAGAUAAAUAAUAAAACAGCUGUUGUGAUCCUCUUCCUUUGGUUGCGGUUUACUAUCAACUACAAAGUACCGUAGCAAGAGUAUAAUCAAGAUUUAUAGAGCGAAUUGAGAAGAUCUAAUUAUCAAAAACAUGAAAAUCAUCCUUAGAGAGCGAAAUGUAUGACCAUAAUUACGGAGUGUCAAAUGGAUGUGAUAGGAGGUGCUAGUGAUUGUUUAGAACAGACUCGUCAGUAAAUAAACAAUUAAAUGAUUUUAAGUGUUGAACAUUAAAUAUGAAUAACGAUAACGAAGAUUCAUCAACACCGACUGAAGUUAAGUCAACGGUAGCUGUAAAUAUAGGGUUAAAUCCAAGAACUCCGCCAAAUUGUGCACGGUGUCGUAACCAUCGUUUAAAAAUAGCUCUCAAGGGCCAUAAAAGAUACUGCAAGUAUCGAAACUGUAAUUGUGAGAAGUGUAUUCUUACUAAAGAUCGUCAAAGAGUUAUGGCCUUACAAACUGCGCUCAGGAGAGCUCAGGAUCAAGAUACGACAAGAGUUCGAAGGCCAGAGGAGCAGGUGGAACCACGACCAUUAACUUUAGACAGAGAAAGGCUAACGUCGGCAUCCCAACCAACGCGCAGUUUGGAGGGUAGUUGUGACAGCAGUAGUGGAGAUUCACCGAUAAGUAAUCACGGUGGUUCGGGUGUACACAUCGUUAGUGUUCCCAACCUACAGAAACUAUCACCAACUUUAAACACUCAUUCAUCGUCAACAACGCAAAUGUCCGAACCCGAGAGUUGUGAAAAUGUUGAAGUACUAUUGGAAUGUAGUACAAAACUCCUCGAACGAUUUUGGUAUUCGUGGGAUAUGUUGCCUUUAAUGUAUGUAAUAUUAAAAGAUGCAAGAGCAGACAUUGAAGAAGCAACAAGACGUAUAGCAGAAGCUAACAGUGAAAUUCGAGCCGUGGCGUUUUGGAAAGCGAGACGAAUGCUGCAAGACAACGGAGGAGUUUACUACAAUGAUUGGUACCCUGGCGCCAAUAAUAUUGUGACGCCAACGUAUCUUGGUCACCCACCAUACAUGGGAGGAGGAAUAGCACCAUCGCAUACAUCUGUACAUGUUGGACCUCUUCCCCAUUUAUUAAAUGCUCAAGUGCUUGCGAGUAGGAUACCCUCGAGUCCGGACAGCCCUCCUGAGGGGUCACCUACGUAGUUCAGAUUAUCCUGAAACCAAUAGAAAGUGCUCAAUAAUAACAGUCACAGGUUGAGUCUAAUUCAAUUAUUUAACAUCUGCGUAACCAAUUGAACCAAUCAACACAUCUAGCUGUAUAAUUUUUGGUGAAUAGUGUUCUGAGAAUUUGAACGAAUUUUGUUUAUAUUUUAGUUAUUUAUUUAAUUUGUUAUACUUGCGUCGUAGAGGUAACAAAAAGUUUUUAAACUGAAAUAUGAUUAACAUUAAUAACGAUAAUGAAAAUAUAAAAUUUUUGUUUAUAAAAGUAGUCAAAAAUGUAGAUAAUGAGAAUGAAAUAUUUAUAAUUUUUAUUAUCGCUAAUUAAGAGACAAAUAAGGAAAAAAGUCAUUUGAUAGUGAGAAGAACUGUAAGGGGACCAAUAUCUUCAAGAACUAGUGAAAAUUAAGUUAAAAAAUUUAUAUUAUAAAUAUUUGUAACAGCUUCAAAUUUCCGUCACAGGUAAUAGUUUAAAAACUAUGAUUUUAUUCCCCUUCAUCAUUAAGAUAUACUCUAUCUUAUUUUUUUUUAUUGCAA